AUGGCUCAUGAGCCAGUCUAUGCUAAACCUCCGGCUUCAAACGGUAUAGCGCAACCACCUACGGCAGCACGUAAACUCGGAAAACACCGCCACACAAUCUUGAAGUCUGUUGCUGCACCAAGUUUGAGCCCAUCUGAGCUACCAAAAACAAAAGAAAACAUGCCGUUUUCAAGAGAAGUUAGUUCCUCCGGCCAAGAGAAUGGAACUUCACAAGUGGAGGAGAUCAAAAUCAGCCACCGCCACCACUCAUUUGACAAGUCAGUUGCCGGCGGCGGAGUGAUUCUUGGGGGUUUAGCCACUGCAUUUUUGGUGGCGGUUUUCUGUUACAUCCGGGUUACUGGUAGAAAAAAUGCCGACCCCGGUUCUCCUAUUAAUUGA